AUGGAUUUUAGCAAGGAUCCCAGCUCCCUCACCAGGGAGUACGCCCGCAACCUCGAUGAACAGGAUCCCCUCCAUGACUUUCGAAAGGAGUUCAUCAUCCCCUCCAAGGCCGAUCUGACACGCACAACCCUAGCUCCCUCUACAGGAGAGGAAGCGAGAAAACCAGAAGAAAGCUGUGUUUAUCUCUGUGGAAAUUCUCUGGGUCUCCAACCUGUUUCUACAAGUGAACACGUCAAUUCCUACUUGCGGUCAUGGGCUCUCAAAGGGGUGCUGGGUCAUACCGAGCCCCACACAGACCAGCUAACGGCAGAAUGGUUGAACAUUGAUGAUAGAGCACCUGAGCUUAUGGCACCGCUCGUGGGUGCUAAGGAGAGUGAGGUGGCUCUGAUGGGGACCUUGACGGGCAACUUGCAUCUCCUGAUGGCUAGUUUCUACAAGCCUACCAAGGAGAGGUACAAGAUCAUCUUCGAGGGAAAGGCAUUUCCCAGUGAUCAUUUUGCAAUUGAGUCGCAGGCACUCCACCAUGGCCUUGACCCAGAAGACGCCAUGGUUCUCAUCGAGCCUGUCUCGGAAGACUAUCCUGUCCUCGAGACCUCCCAAAUUCUAUCCGUUAUUGAUGCGCACGCAGACUCUGCGGCCCUUAUCCUCCUUCCCGGUAUCCAGUAUUACACCGGCCAAUUCUUUGAUAUGAAGACCAUCACGGCCCAUGCCCAUUCCAAGGGGUUAAUGGUAGGAUGGGACUGUGCCCACGCUGUAGGAAAUGUUGAACUUCAAUUUCAUGACUGGGACGUUGACUUUGCGGCCUGGUGUUCGUACAAAUAUUUGAAUUCGGGAGCUGGAGCUAUGGCAGGACUUUUCGUGCACGAGAAACAUGGAUUGGUCACGGAGGAUAGUUUUAGACCACGGCUAUCGGGAUGGUGGGGAAGCGAUAAGAGCUCCCGCUUUAUAAUGGAUAAUAGUGAGUUUCGUCUCUAG